UCAUAAUUUGCUGUCAUUUUUAAAUCUCUAAAAAUCAUCUUGUAUCAAUGGCGUAAAUAGUGAAUCUUGUAAUUAUUGUAAAUUGUAAAUAGUUUCUUGUAUAGUUAGUGAUAAUAUUUUGUGUUGUGAGUUCCAUAAUAGUGUACAAAUCGUGAUUGAAUAUUGUGUUUGUGUAUAGUGGGAAAAUCUUUAGUAAAGCCGACGCCGACAAACUGAACAAUAAAUAUUACGAAAAAUACAAUUUGUUGAUGCAUAGGACCCUCACAAACUAACAGCAGUGAGACCAAUGAAGUGGUUGGGAAGUGGCGAAGGAGAUGGAAUAAUAAAAGUUGAGAUGGAUCGGGGUCCUCAUCGUACUCAAGACGACGCCGCCGUUGGCUACGUGUUCCAAAGGGCUCCUGACCCAGAGUUCCACCAGUAUGGGCCCAAGCAGCUCAGAUGGGCCCACGGAGACGACAGCAUCAUAGAUAACCAUGACAAAUGGAAGUACCCCACUGCCAACAACACGAAGGUGGAGACGUCGCCGCAGGCCGCCGUUGCCGCCGCCAUGUCGUACAUGGGCGGCGGCGGAGGUGGCGGUUCGCAGAAUUCGGCGGGCGGCGUCCCCAACUUGUACGAUCUCGGCCAGAGCAAGUCGAUGGGUGGACCGCCGCCCGAGCACCUUGUCUACAUGUCCGCCGCAGCCGCAGGUCAGAUGCAGGGCGGAGGCAUGGCUCUGCAUCCAAGUGCGCUGCACCACCUCAACCAAUCGAUGCCGCCCCAGCAGCAGCUGCCGAGUAUGAGGCACACUGUUCAACAUCAGAUUGCUCCAGCAGCAAAGAAAUUAUGGGGACUCGAAGCAAAAAACGACAAAUCGCUUGCGUUAAAUAGAUUAAAUCACGACGGAGUGUGGAGAGAUCCGACAUGGGCAGCGCCAGUAGAGCAUCCGGUUUCGGCGCCAUUGGCGAUGAGCAGGAGCAGGGGCGGCUUCGCCGGCGACACCGGCAACAUCUUGUCGCCACGCGGCUCCGACAACGGCGGCCUCGGCGUCAAGAUGGUCGAGUACGUUCUGGGCACAUCGCCGACCGGCAAGGACAACAUCGGUUCCCUCGAACCCAGAAUCAGGGUGCUACAAUUGGACGACAAGGAUAAAGACAAGCCGCAGAGCCCGAAGGAGGAGUGCGUCAACGGGCAGCCGGUGCAGAAUGGACAGGUCGGAGACGACGAUAAAUGCUUCAAGUACCCUGUGUGCAGCCGCACGCCCGGCAGCCGUCAGCCGUCGCCCGCCGAAGAGGAGCUCAACAAAAACGGCAUGACGCUGGUGCCGGGGGCCGCCCUGGUUCUUAAGCCUCAAGAGGAGUUAGGUCCCCAGCACCUAGCCCACCAUUUGCCACCCCAUCUGGCCCCACAUCUCGGCGUCACCCUCGCCGAGUCGGUUAACCAGCAGUUCGAGCACUUCGCCGAACCGACGCAGCAGCAGCAGGCCGCCUAUGAUCAGCAACAACAGCAGCACCAGUAUCCGCCGCCCCCGCCGCAACCCCAUCAGGUGGAUAGCGCCGUUUUGCAGCAGCAGCAGCACAACUUCGAUGUACAGCAACUCUUCCGAUCUCAACAGUCGCAACAGCCGACACCGAACGCCGCCCAGCUGCAGCUCCUCCAACAGCAACAGCAGCAGCAGUACCUGGCGCAGCAGCAGCAGGCCGCCGCCUUCCCGCAGGCGCCCUACGUGCUGAACCCACAACAGGAACCCUAUCUGAUAACUGCCGGCGUGCCACAGUAUUACGGCGUUGGUCCGUGGGUCUACCCGGCACCGCCCGCCAACCUCAUCCAGCAGGGCGCCAGCAAUGGGGCGCGUAGACCGCUCACCCCCAACGGGACCGCCGAGGCGCAACAGCAAGUGCAGCCUCAAGUUCCGGGUGGCUACAUCGUGCCGUACUACGACCAGAGCGCAGCACCGAUCCUCAUGGCGCAGGGCGCAGCCGCGAUGCGCAACGGCACCCCCAUGCGCCUCGUCAGCCCCGCCCCCGUUCUUGUACAGCCGGCGCAAGCCGCUGCCGCCGCUGGAAGGCAAACGCAAGCGGCUGCGGCAGCAGCAGCAGCCGCCUCCUUGUACACGAACACGCCGCAGAGCAUCUACGGUACUGCCAACGUCAACACCUCGGUCAACGGCGGUACCCUCGGUGGUGUGGCCCAAGGUGUCGGUUCGGGCCUGUUCCAGACCUUGCACGCAGCGCCCCCAUCUGCCCCAUUCGGCAGUUCAUCAUUGGGCAACAUCGGAUCGUCUGCCACGACGACCUCUCUUCACACAGAUAACCUGAGUGGAUUGGGUCUGAGCAGCACCGCGACUGGCAGAAGAGAUUCCUUCGACAGGAACACAUCUGCGUUUUCACCGUCGCUGGAUUACAGACAAAAAUGGCCCUCGUACAACAUAGGCAGUAGUCCCAGUCCGUUGGCCGGAGGUGGCAGUUUAACGCCUCCACCUUCUGCCCCGCUGCAACUAGGCGGCCUUGUAACAUCCAGAGUGUUGUCUGCGGCUCCCGGAGCGGAAGCUAAAUACAGAAAUUCGGUUGCGGCCGGUUUGUCGGCAAACGCAAUGUUCGGCUCCACCAAUUCCCUCUUCACCAAGAUCAACUCGUCGCUCACCGCAGUACCGAGCGCAUUAGACAAGGGCCCACAAGGUCGUUCCCGUCUGCUGGAGGACUUCCGCAACAACCGCUACCCGAACUUGCAGUUGAGGGAUCUCGCCAAUCACAUCGUCGAGUUCUCGCAGGACCAGCACGGUUCGCGUUUCAUACAGCAAAAGCUGGAGCGCGCGACCACCAACGAGAAGCAGAUGGUGUUCAACGAGAUCUUGUCAGCCGCCUACAACCUGAUGACCGAUGUGUUCGGCAACUACGUGAUUCAGAAGUUCUUCGAGUUCGGCACCCCCGAACAGAAGACCACGCUGGCACAAAAGGUGCGCGGACACGUAUUGCCAUUGGCGUUGCAGAUGUACGGCUGCCGAGUUAUUCAGAAGGCACUCGAAUCGAUACCUGCUGAACAACAGCAGGAGAUCGUCAGGGAAUUGGACGGACAUGUGUUGAAGUGUGUCAAAGAUCAAAACGGCAACCACGUCGUCCAGAAGUGUAUCGAGUGCGUCGAUCCGAAUGCAUUGCAGGUGAGUUUCAUCAUCCAGUCCUUUUCCGGACAAGUCUACACUCUGUCGACCCACCCUUACGGAUGUCGCGUAAUCCAACGCAUCCUCGAGCACUGUACACCCGAACAGACCGCCCCCAUUUUGGCUGAAUUACAUCAGCACACCGAUCAACUGAUCCAGGACCAGUUUGGAAACUAUGUCAUCCAACACGUGCUCGAACACGGCAAACCCGAGGACAAGUCACAGUUAAUAAACAACGUGAGGGGCAAAGUGCUGGUCUUGAGCCAACACAAAUUCGCCAGCAAUGUGGUGGAAAAGUGCGUGACGCACGCCACCCGGGCUGAGAGGGCUCUACUUAUCGAGGAAGUUUGCGGAUUUAACGACAACGCAUUGCACGUCAUGAUGAAGGACCAGUACGCCAACUACGUGGUCCAGAAGAUGAUCGACGUGAGCGAGCCGACCCAGCGCAAGGUGCUGAUGCACAAGAUUCGCCCGCACUUGAACUCACUGCGCAAGUACACGUACGGCAAACACAUAAUCGCCAAGUUGGAGAAGUACUUCAUGAAGGCGCCCGGUUCGAUGGGCUCCAUAGGCGGCGAAUUAGGACCGAUCGGUCCGCCGACCAACGGCGUGCUCUAGACGAGGAGUACGCGAGCUCCGCGCGACGGACGGACAAUGGGGCGCACACCAACCAGCUAGUUAUUUGUUUCGUCCGGGCGCGGAAACUAAACAAAAACGACAGUGGUUCGUUUCCGACUUCGUUUUCAAGUGCCGAGCGAGUUUUUGACUUGUAUGGUGCGGAUUUGUCGAAUCGCAGAAAAGCGAUGCGGUUUCUAUUGUUUUUACAAACCCUCAGCCACUAAUUUCGAAACUCUCUCGGUGCAAUUGUAAGUACAGUUGCUUUUUAAGUUUUCGACCAAUUACGGGCCGCCGAGUCGCGUGGCCCGUACGGUUCCAGUAUUUUUUCAUUAAUUUUUCUUUAAUUUAACGUUUUUUAAAUGCAUUAAUUUUUUCGAAUACGAUUCGAGGUCCGAUUAGUGUCGCGGGAUGCAGCGACCUUGGCUCGGUCCUCCGCAAAUUUGCAUAUUUAAUUUUCUUUUUUUUUUUCAUAUUUUUUUAUUUUUUUGCGUAAGGUUUAGUAUAGCUAGGAUUAUAUCGUGUAUACAUAAAAUGUCUGUAUUAUAGUUGUAAUUUAUGUAUUUUGUCUCGCAUCAAUCUUCAUUGUUACGUUGCUUGGCUUUUGUUUUACGAUUUUAUUAACUACUUUAUUUUCCUUAUUACGAUCAUUAGUUUAUCUAGAAUAGUUGUUAUACAAUAUAAUUUCUCGUUUUCUUUUUGCUGGUUUGAUGAUGGAUGGUUUGGUUCGAGUACGCAAAACUCGAUUACUUUUUUAAUUAAUUGAUUAAUUCAUUUCGGUAUUGGGCCAAUAAAGCAAGAGGCAAACAAACAAUUUUCAGACAGUAUCAUACAUGUUCAUUUGAUGAGUCUCCCAGACAAGCAAACCUUGUGGUUGUAUAAACAAUUUUUUUGAAACGAAUCUCAAAUUUUAUUUUAAUCUUUUUAGCGUUGCUCUCGGAUGAAUGGUUGGAAAAUUUAAAGUGACAAAAGGUGUAAAUAUUGGAUUAAGGGCUAAAUUAUAAAUUAAAUAAACCGGAAACUUGUGCGAACCCGAAAAUUAAUAGCACAUUACUAGACUUUUAUCCUCCUUGACAGUACGUUCAUAAUGUGAUAAGGUCCUCAGGAAAAUAGAUUUGAACAUCAUCAAACAUUAAACGAAAAUAAAAACAAACAAAACAAUUGUCGAGUUCAUCCCAAUCAGUUCUUUUUCAAGUUUCACCAUCGACCACCCCCGUAAAUCUACACAAAUACACGCACGCGCAUCCACACACACACACAUACACACAUGUCAUGCCAUUUAAACGUCUAAUCUUCUUAAUGUUCUUAAUUACAAACAAUUGAAAUAAUAAUAAAUAAAUCACAGAGAGCAGCGGUAGUCGAACACGAAUUAAUCGGUGAAGCUAUUUAUUGAUUUCCGAAAGCAACUAACAAACAAUUCAUUAAACAACAAAUGAGGAAAUAAUACCAUUUGAUAUUAAUAAAUGUUGUGCAUUGCUUUCAGAACGCGACACCGACAUACAAGGUUCGUGUGACCGACAACCAGCUCUUGCUACUACGAACUUUUUCAACUUUUCAAAUUUUCAAACAAUUUUUAAUAAUAUCAACUGCAUUUACACAUAAAACACGACGUUGCAUUUAUAGUAGUUAGGUCUUUAUAAAACAAAAAAAUGAAAUUAGUAAUUUAAAUUAGAUUCUAUCGUGUUAUUAAAAGCGAUGCCGCCUGACGUUGACCGGUCAUGAAAAAAUUAAUAAAGGCCAUCGACAGACGGUUUACACAUAACGGUUUGUUUGGAAUAUUAAAAAAAAAAUCUUGGUAUUUAGACAAAUUAACCAGCUGUUACUAAUAUUUAAGCUACAAUUGUAGGAAUUAUAUAAAGUAGAAUUUGAUGGCACGUUUCUUUUUAAUUCGUAUACAGGGUGCCCGAAAAAGUCCGCGGAAACAACGAGAGGUUCUCAUCAGAACUUUAUUUUAUGUGCGGUGAUUUUCGCUUGUUUUAAAGUCGGCCAACAUCUAAACAAACAACUUUUAACUGUUUAUAAAAGUAGAUAGAUUUAAGUUUUCCACAAAUUCGACUCAAACAACAUUUUUGACAGUUUGACGUGGACUUUUCAGCCGACACUGUAUAAAAAAAAAGUAUUCAAAUAAUGUAAAAUGUAAUUGUAAUAAUUGUACAGUUUUUUCGUAAAUUCCAUUAUUAAUAAUAUGAAGAUAAUGUUAAUUUAAUUGCAUUUAUGACUGUUUUAAUGUAAUUUACGUGUUUUUGAGCUAAUCUGUGUAGAAAUUAUGUCACACACGUACACGACACCAUUAUAAUAUAUACCACGCGCAUAUACAUACACUGUAUCAUAAGUCGUCGACUAAAAGACAGGAAACUAUUUAAAUAGAUAUAUGUAAGAAUAAUAAUAAUGAUGCUAAAAAUAAGCAAACCUCUCAUACAUACAUACACACAGGUAACAAAAUAUAUCUGCAAGUCAAGUCGAAAGAAAAGAAUAAACAAAUUCUGAAUAGCAUUAGAACAAAAACACUCGCGAACGGCAGAACGGCAGACCGCAGUCGCCCCGUCUCGACGCUUCACCAGACGCUCGCGCACGUAUUUCAAGCCCCCAUCCCCCACGUGUACAAAGCCUGCGAACGAUUUUGUAAAAUUUGUAAUUAUAAUUAGCGAACGAAUAUUAUUUAUGUAUUAUUUAAAGUGUCAAGUACCUUGUACUUUGUAAAAUAUUAAUUUGUACAUUGUAUUUUUAAUAUAAAUUGCGGACUAUUGAUACCGACUCUAUUUUGUAAGAUAUUAGAUUUACGGGAAAUUUAUUAUGAAAGAACGAACGCGAUGCGAUCAGAGGUGAAGCGCGCGACACGUCGGCUUGAGCCGUUUGCUGUGCGAAGGCGGAGUCGCUUCGACAUUGGAAAUAUCUACUUAACUUGAACUUAAUAUCCGAUCAAUUCGAAUCCCCAUUAAUCUUUCUUAGACGGUCAAUCAAUCAUCUCGAAUAGACGACUAUUCAGAGUUCCAUACAAGAAACACAAAACGGAUGUAAGGUAUUUCCGGGUCGAUCCGACUCCGCCUGGCCAGUCAUCUUUGGUAUGUGUACAUAGAGUACCCAAUUUUGUAUUAUAUGUAAUAUAGUUUCGUUCAUAACAUUUCCAAACAAAUGCCACAUUGAUAUAAAAACUUAUCCACGCGCGACCACUCCAAAAAACCAAGGUAGCUUGCUUUGUACACUUAUUAAGGAUAACUGUAAUUUAGUGGUCAGGUCGUGUAUUGGGGUAGUUGCCCUUUGGAACGGGUGCCUUAGUACAGGACUGCAUUACUAACUGCGACCAGCCCUCCCCCAUGUGCCCCACUAGUGAUAUGUAUAUAUGUUAAUCAUUUUUAAAUUGUAUCACAUGUAUUUAUAUAGUAAAGUGUUUAAUAGUGUGUAAUAAAAUACUAUGUAAAAUAAUCCAUUUUUGUACUUAGAAAUUAUUUGUAAUUGUAAUUUUAUCAUGUGAAAUAAUUAAUUAAUUAAUUCCACUCUCCACUUCUAUCGGACGCUGUCGCUUCGAUCUCAAACGUUUUUUUCUUAUUUUUUUAGUUUAGUUAGUUAUUAUCUCCGAAGAAGUAAGCCAGGAAUCAUUUGUUGUCGAAAGAAUUCUAUCUAAUCUCCUUUCUUCAAGAAGGGGCACACCCUUAUGUACGAGGCCGUUGUUCGACCGUACAGAAAGGUAAAAGCGGCGGUCGGUCCGAUGGAACAGUGAGAUGUUAUUAAAUAUAAUAAAUAGGGCUUUGGGGAGAAUCGGUUAUAAAACGGCCAAUUUUCAUUUUGAAGAUGGCAGUGUGGCCUCAGACUGAUGUAAAGAUACUAAACAAGAUGUAAAGUGUAAAUUCCAUUUGGUUAUCACGUUGUAAACUGUAUAAUACAUGUGUAAAAAUAUAAAGAGCCGUUUGGAAUCAUGUGUAAUUAAAUUGUAAACUAUGUAUUCUAAAUUCAAGCGAUCUGUAAUUUGUUUUAUUGUACUUCGCAACGCCGGCUCAUCAGAGUCGGGUCUGCUUUAAUAGGGUAGCUGGACGGGGAUCACUUGUGUUUCACAACAAUAUCAGUUACUAUUCCCCCAAUGGUGGAUUCCACACGCGGCGGCACCAGCUGCAAGUGUGUUUGUUAGGGGCGACCCGAAAUUGCAAAUCGAAAAUCAAAAAUUUUCAUUUUUUCCUUUCUAUCUAUCUCUCUGUCUAUCUGUCUGUCUAUAUUAACUAUCGGAGAUACGCCCAUACGAAUCAACCACUCAGGGGAAUAGUUCUGUAUGGCUCUCUGUGGAUCUACGGCUGUAUAUUUAUAUUUAUUACGCGAUCUGUUUUAUGAAUGUGUAAAUUUAGUUAUCGAAUGCAUGCUAGUUUUAUUAGGAUAUCAAUAUGUAUGAUAAUGUAUUUCGAUUUUAUUAUUUUUUACCACAGUAGUAUAAUAAACUAUUAAUGAAAAAUA